AUGGUAAUAAAUGUCUGUGCUGCAGGUGUGGUGGAGGGGAACAUAGCUGCUGUCGAGGCCUACAAGUCGUCGGGCGGUGACAUCGCCCGUCAGAUGACUUCAGACGAGGUCCGUCUCCUGAACCGCGCCACUGCCUUCAACGAUGGCUUUACGCUAGUCCACCUGGCCAUCCGCUUCCAGAGACAGGACAUGUUGGCUAUCCUUCUCACUGAGGUGUCCCAGCAGGCAGCUAAGUGUAUCCCUGCCAUGGUGUGUGGCGAGCUGACAGAACAGAUCCGCAGGGAGAUCGCUGCCUCUCUGCACCAACGUAAAGGAGACUUCAACUGUUACUUCCUCUCUGACCUGGUGACCUUCACACUGCCCGCAGACAUCGAAGACCUGCCCACUGCAGUCCAGGAGAAGCUGUUUGAUGAGGUGUUAGAUAGAGAUGUACAGAAAGAGCUAGAGGAGGAGUCUCCCAUAAUCAACUGGUCCUUGGAGCUGGGUACCAGGCUGGACAGCAGACUGUAUGCCCUAUGGAACCGUACACAGGGAGACUGCCUGUUAGACUCAGUACUGCAGGCUACCUGGGGGAUAUACGACAAGGACUCUGUCCUCCGCAAGACCCUCCACGACAGCCUGCAUGACUGCUCUCACUGGUUCUACACACGGUGGAAGGAGUGGGAGUCGUGGUACUCUCAGAGCUUUGGUCUCCACUUCUCCCUCCGAGAGGAACAGUGGCAGGAGGACUGGGCCUUCAUACUCUCUCUGGCCAGCCAGCCUGGUGCCAGCCUGGAACAGACUCACAUCUUUGUUCUAGCGCACAUUCUUCGUCGACCAAUCAUCGUGUACGGAGUGAAGUAUUACAAGAGUUUCCGCGGAGAAACGUUAGGCUACACUCGUUUCCAAG